CUGGCAGCUAGCUUGACACUCCGGUCAGGAAGUGCCGCAAGUUAAAGCGAAAGGAAACGCGACGAAGGCAGACAGAGUCUGGAGGAGAGGCGAGGCGGAAGAAAGGUGAUGGGAGCUAAAAUUAUUCUACACAUGUGACCCACUUCUAACUGGAGACACGCAAAAAGGAAGCCCGGUUCUUGUAUCUGAGGAUUUUACCCCCCACCGAAGAUGUCAGCGUCGGCGUUAUUUAUACUGGACCUGAAAGGGAAGGUCUUGAUCAGCCGUAACUACAUGGGAAACAUGGAUAUGAAUGAGAUUGACUACUUCAUGCCAUUUCUAAUUAAGCGGGAAGAAGAGGCAGAGAUGACUCCACUGAUCACCCAUGGCUCCUCACACUUUCUGUGGAUCAAACACAACAACCUUUACCUGGUGGCCAUGACCAAAAAGAAUGCCAAUGCUGCUCUGGUGUACUCCUUCCUUUAUAGAAUUGUUCAGGUGUUUCAGGAGUAUUUUAAGGAGCUGGAGGAGGAGAGUAUUCGCGACAACUUUGUGACUGUGUAUGAACUGAUGGACGAAGUCAUGGAUUUUGGAUUCCCACAAACAACUGAUAGCAAGAUUCUUCAAGAGUACAUUACCCAGCAGGGUCACAAACUUGAGGUUGGAGCUGUUCGACCUCCUGCCACUGUCACCAAUGCUGUGUCUUGGAGGUCAGAGGGCAUCAAGUACAGGAAGAAUGAAGUUUUUAUGGAUGUCAUUGAGUCAGUAAAUCUAUUGGUGAAUGCCACUGGCAGUGUCCUGCGAAGUGAAAUAGUGGGCUGCAUUAAGCUUAAAGUGAUCCUUUCAGGGAUGCCUGAACUCAGACUGGGCCUCAAUGACAAAGUGCUGUUUGAAAUCACAGGCAGAGACAAGAGUAAAACCGUGGAGCUAGAGGACGUAAAGUUUCAUCAGUGUGUCCGUCUGUCGCGCUUCCAGAAUGACCGCACAAUUUCUUUCAUCCCCCCUGAUGGUGAGAGUGAGCUCAUGUCCUACCGGCUCAACACAAUGGUGAAGCCACUCAUAUGGAUCGAGAGCGUGAUAGAGAAGUUCUCCCACAGCCGCGUCGAGAUCAAGGUGAAGGCUCGUAGUCAGUUUAAGAGCCGGUCAACUGCCAACAAUGUGUCCAUUUUGGUGCCAGUGCCCAGUGAUGCCGACUCACCAAAGUUCAAGACCAGCACAGGCAGUGCCAAGUGGGUGCCCGAGAAGAGUGUGGUGCAGUGGAACAUCAAAUCUUUCCCUGGUGGCAAGGAGUACCUGAUGUGGGCACACUUUGGGCUACCCAGUGUGGAGAGUGAUGAGUUGGAUGCAAAAAGACCAAUCAUUGUUAACUUUGAGAUCCCUUAUUUUACUGUAUCUGGCAUUCAGGUACGCUACCUAAAGAUUAUAGAAAAGAGUGGUUACCAGGCCUUGCCCUGGGUGCGCUACAUCACACAAAGUGGAGAUUACCAGCUCCGGACAAACUAAAGGGCAAAGAUGCUGCUAGACGAAUGGCUCUCUGUGGCUUCUUCCCCUGUCCUUAUGUCUCUCUGAGUGGGACAGAAGGAAAAUCUUCUCUCAUUUUGUGCAAAAAUACGUUCUUCUUUUACACCACAAGUGUAAUGUAAUGUAUUUAUAGUUAAGGCUUUCCAUUUUUAUGUAACUCACGUGGAGGUUUAUUGUCAGCGACAUUGAGAAACAUUGAGAGAGAAAAAAAAAAUCCCCUUUUAAAAGUUUAAAUGAAUGAAUUUCUAAUACAUUGUAUUUUCAAAUUUUACAGCUCAAUGAAUCAAUGCCAGCCAGUGGAUAACCACAUUGCCAAGUGUUCGUGUAAUUUAUUUCAUCAUCAUGAAAACGUUUACCGUUUUAUAAUCUGGUUGUGUCUUUGUUAUUAAUUUUUUUUGUACUACAUAAAUCUCUUACUCUCUGAGGCAGAAUGGUUAUGAAAACAUCUGUCGUAUCUUUAUUGCCUUAAAUAAAUUGUUGUUGUAUCAUCACCCCUACCACUGUGAACAUAAUCCUCAGUCAAGUGAACCUAACACCAGCCGGCAGGUCAAUGAUUAAUAAGUGACAAUAUUGUCUGAGACUUUGGCAGUGUAAUAUUACACCACUGACAAGCCCACAUGCUGAGCCUGUAACCUUGUCCUUGCACUCAAAAUCCACUUGCAGCUUUGACGAGUCUUCAACAGUGAGUUGGAUGCAAAAAUGCUGUCUUCUUAUGUUUUUAUACUGUCACACCUAGAGAAGUUAACAUAGUCUAAAGGGAUUGCUUGAAAAAUAUGUAUAUGCAUGUGUCUUUGCAUAACUCGUUUUGUUCUGCCCACACACAUGUGAAGAUGCAUAUAGUUCUCCCAAAGAGUGUGGAGUUCACUAUUGUUCAAUUACUCGUGUAUACAUUGUACCAUUCACACAUUAGCUCAGAAACACCACCAUUGCAAUAGAAGUCAUUUUAUUACUGAAUAAAAACCUGUUAAAUAUGAAACUUUUUAACAGACAGCCUAAUCGUUUUUGAGUUUUGCUUCCAAAAUUAUUAUUUCUGUUAUUGGUCGUCAUUAAUUUAUAAUGACUGGUAUAUGAAGCAAUGACAUAUAUUUGAAAAUAAAGGUUCUGUACAUUUGAAAAUAUUGAGCAGAUUGUAUGAAAUAUUUCCCACGUUUCAAUACAGGUAAGUAUCGAUAGCUGCAAGGCAUUUAUCCACUCCCUGAAACAUCAGGCAAACAAGUUCACAAAAUUAUAUUUAUAUUAUAAAAUAUUUUGUAAUACAUUUGUUUUUGUCAGUCAAUAGUUUUUCACACUCCAUAACAAUAGUGUGAUAAAUACUCAUUGGCAAAUUCUGAGGUGGCCCCACAAAACUAUUACCUGUGAAAAAACAUCCAUCCAUUUUCAUAAGGUUACACUAUUUGUAAGUGGUACCAAAUUUGAUAAAAUAUUUGAAGCAAUAUGUGUGUCAUGAACUGACGACAUGAAAACAAAUGAUUCACACGUCCAACAUUUGCUACGGAAUCUUGCACAACUUGAUUAAAAUACACUGUGUACUUGGUCAUUCAAUAUGUGUUUAAUUAUUUUGUUAAAAGAAAUGCAGCUAUUGUCGGACCACAAAACAACUACGUUUCUAUGCAUCACUUAUUCAUCCAUCCAUUUUCUGUGCCGCUUAUCCUGUUCAGGGGCCUAUCCUAGCUAACUUUGUGCAAAAGGUGGACUACACUCUGGACUGGUCGCCAGUCAUUCACAGGACAGAGGACAAACCAUUAACACUCACACCAUCACUGAGUGGGAAUUGAAGCGACACUGCCUACAAUGUGAAGGUACUACUCCUGUAUUACCGCCUGUAUAACGCCCCAAUUAAAUGUUGAAGCUUAACGAUCAUAUCUUAAAAAAAUAAAAGAUUCAACUAAACGUACAUUCCUUGAAUCAAGGCUGACACUGUCUGGUUUGUCUGUUCACAUUUGUAUUUGCCUUGGACCAAUAAAAAAAUAUUGAGUCUCA